UCAUGUCAUCCCUGUGGAGAUGAUGAAGGGAGAAGCUGGAAGUAUGCAACAUAAUGAGAAGCCGAAGCAGGAGGGACACAUCUGGGGCUCCAUGAGGAGGACAGCUUUCAUCCUGGGCUCUGGCCUUCUCUUGCUGGUGGCCUUCUGGAACUCAGUCACCUGGCAUCUUCAGAGAUUUUGGGGUGCUUCUGGCUACUUUUGGCAAGCCCAGUGGGAGAAGCUGCUGUCUACAUUCGAAGGGAUGGAGUGGAUGCUCUACUUUAUAGGUGCCAUCCAAGUACCUGGUCUGCUCUUCUGGAGCUUCAAUGGGUUUCUACUGGUGGUUGAUACAACUGGAAAACCUAACUUCAUCUCUCGCUACCGAAUUCAGGUCGGCAAGAAUGAACCAGUGGACGCUGAGAAACUACGCCGGUCUAUCCGCACAGUUCUCUUCAACCAGUACAUGAUCUCUCUGCCCAUGGUGGUUCUCCUCUAUCCCGUCCUCAAGCUGUGGGGAGACCCCUGCCGCCGAGAGCUACCCACCUUCCACUGGUUCCUCCUGGAGCUGACCGUCUUCACUCUGAUCGAGGAAGUCCUGUUCUACUACUCACACCGGCUCCUUCACCACCCAACAUUCUACAAGAAAAUCCACAAGAAACACCACGAGUGGACAGCUCCCAUUGGCGUGAUCUCUUUCUACGCCCACCCUAUCGAGCAUGUGGUCUCCAACACGCUGCCAGUGAUGGUGGGUCCCAUACUAAUGGGCUCCCACUUGUCCUCUAUCACCAUGUGGUUCUCCUUGGCCCUCAUCAUCACCACCAUUUCCCACUGUGGCUACCACCUACCUUUCCUGCCUUCACCUGAAUUCCAUGACUACCACCAUCUCAAGUUCAACCAGUGCUAUGGGGUGCUGGGGGUGCUAGACCACCUCCAUGGGACUGACACAUUGUUUAAGCAGACUAAGGCCUACGAGAGACACAUCCUCCUGCUGGGCCUCACCCCACUGUCUGAGAGCAUCCCGGAUCCCCCAAAGAAAAUGGAGUGAGAGAAGGCCCAAUGGCCACCCUGGCUGUCCCCCUCAGUGGACUAAGGUGGCCCAAGAUAUCCUUAAUGCCCCGAAUUUGCUCUUUAGCCAUGCACUUUCUAAUGACAGCAUCACUGAGGCAGGGGGUUAGCUCAGCUUCCUAGAAAAGCAGGGCCAAGGAUGGGGCCAGGGCUCCCCUGCUGUUCCUCAGAAGGACCAAGGGUGGGCUUAAAGAAAGGGAAAAAGCAGCUCCCCAGAUGGAAGCUAGUGAGAAGGAAGAAACCACCUUUAAAAGCGCUCCUGGAGAGUCCCCCUGGUCCUUUGCUGUGGAAGGGGAGAGAGGACUCCAGAUGAACUUUUUAUGGCCUAGCAAGACACAGAGAAUGUGAAGGUGGCAGUGAGACUGGAAGCUACUGCCAAUUCCAGGGAGAGCUCUUCCUGGUGCUAAGGGGUGAGGGAGCCAGAAGGUAUUGCUUUGCCCCUUCCUGUCCCACAAAACUUUUCUCAUACCCUACUCUGGCCAGAGCCAAGACAUUCUCUUUGCCAACACACACACACACACACACACACUUGCGAGUCAGCUAACAAAGACCUCAUUUCAACUCUGCCCACUGCAAACCCCAUCCCUCUAUGAAAAGAAAAAUGCUAAUCACAGCGAGUUCCUCCAUGGAUUAAAACUGAGAUAUCAAAGAGGUGCAGACCAAACCUCAACACCUACCUUCAGUCACACAUGGAAACCCAGAAACCACAGGUCAAGCCCUGUUGACCUGCUAAGCUGGAGGCCCUUUUAUCCAGAGGGAAGGUUCCGAUUUCCUGACCUUUGGGGACACCCAACUGAGGAGGCUAGAACCUUCUUCCUCCAAUGAGAAGGCAAGAAAAACAUGGCUGACCAAAAGGCAAAACCCUCACUUUUCCCCAAAUGAUUAGCUAGUUGUCUCAACACCAUUUAUUUCAAAUGAAACUUUGUCAGGAACCUUAUUCUCUAAAAACCCAAAGAGCUUCUUGGGUUGCGGCAGUUCCCAGCCUGGCCUUCCCUCAGCAGCUAGACAUUGUCAGGAACCCUGCAGCUCCUGGAAAAAAUUUGAGGACCACUCUUUGGUUUGAAAAGCCACCAAAUACCAGCUACUUUCACUUACAUCAAGAAAACCAUCCAGUUUUAUAAAAUACCUUAACAUUGGAUAGGGCCAAGUCUCCAAGCAGAUCUAAGACUCCUUCCUUCUUAUUGGCCCUUCGACCCCAGACCUGCUGAUAGACCAGCUGGGUACUUACCAGUGUCCUCCUUGGCUUUCCAAACCCCACCUACCAUCCUCUGGCCUUCAUGGACCUACCUGGCCCUAUCCCCAGGACACCCAUGCCAUGAGCUUGAAGUACAGCUUUUGGUGCACCAACGCUUUAGGUUUUCACAGCUGCUGGCCCGUACUCACAACCUGCUCUUAGGAAUAAACACUUCGAAAACAGCCCAUCUUCAGUUUACUUGUAAGGAUAGGGAAUGAGUAGUGUGCACAAAGAGGAAGAGCAGAUGCCUUCCUUCCCCUGUGAGGUCUUUAGACUUGGAAGUACUGUAGAGGACCAAGCGGCUGUCAGUCUCUCAUCCCUUUGGCAGUCUGACAGGGGGUCUCAGCCCUAAUCUCUUCAUCAAACAGAGUGGACCUGAGGUGGGUGAACAAGUCAGGCUUAAGAAAAGGCUGAGGUCUCCAAAUUCCCAGAAGACCAAGGGAUAGGAUAUAUUGCAAAUAAACGGAUCUCUUUAAUUCCA